AUGAAGUCGGUGUACCGGGGCUUCGACGAGGAGCGGGGCGUGGAGGUGGCGUGGAACCAGGCGAGCCUCGCCGGCGUGCUCCGUUCGCCGGACGCCGUGAAGCGCAUGUACUCGGAGGUGCAGCUGCUGAGCUCGCUCCGGCACGACGGCAUCAUCGGCUUCCACGCCUCGUGGGUGGACGUGCCGGGCCGCAGCUUCAACUUCAUCACGGAGCUCUUCUCCUCCGGCACGCUGCGCUCCUACCGUCUCCGCGUCAUCGGGACGCCCGAGUUCAUGGCGCCCGAGAUGUACGACGAGGAGUACGACGAGAGGGUGGACGUGUACGCGUUCGGGAUGUGCAUGCUGGAGAUGCUCACCGUCGAGUACCCGUACAGCGAGUGCUCUAACCCGGCGCAGAUCUACAAGAAGGUCACCGCCGGCAGGCUCCCCGACGCGUUCUACCGUGUGGAAGACGACGACGCGCGCAGGUUCAUCGGACGCUGCCUCGUCCCCGCCGCCAGCCGCCCGUCCGCCGCAGAGCUGCUGCUGGACCCUUUCCUCCUUGAUCACCACAUCCAUGUUGCUGCUGCUGGCACGGUGCCAGUGCCGCCGCCACCGUUGCCAGCUGCUGUUGCCGCCGCCGGCGCUCCGCCGCCCUCGACGUGUAGUAGCUCCGCCGACGAUGUCGUCUCGGCGUCAUCGUCGUUGGACGAUGACGACGUGGAGCAUCAUCAGGAGCCACAACAUCAGCCACCGCCGCCGCCGCCGCCCAGGAACGUCAUGACCAUCACCGGGAAGCUGAACGCGGAGGAGGACACGAUCUUCCUGAAAGUACAGAUCGCCGACGAGGCGACAGGGCACGCGCGCAACAUCUACUUCCCGUUCGACAUGGCGAGCGACACGGCGGCGGAGGUGGCGCAGGAGAUGGUGAAGGAGCUGGACAUCACGGACCGGGACGCGUCGGAGAUCGCCGCCAUGAUCCAGCAGGAGAUCGGCAGGCUGCUGCCGGGGCGAGCGCAGCAGCAGCACGAGUACACGUACGCGGAACGUGACGACGACGACGACGAGGAGCGGCCUCCGCCCUUCUGCUGCUACCUCUCCUCAUCUCCCGCCUCCUCACAUGGCUCUCACUGCGGGGUGGGGCCUUACGCCUCCGGAGGAUUCUCUGGUCCACGUGGCGGUGGCUGGUCCAAAGAUCAUCAUCACUGGUACGCUUUAAGCGACGACGAUGACAUGAGCUCCGUGCACUCCGGUAACUACUCUCCUCUGCAUUACGCCUCAUGUGCCGACGAGGCGGAGCCCAUGCCCGGCUGCUGCACCGGCAGCGGCUCAUCCAAGACAAGGUUCGGUGGCGGCGGUGGCAGCAGCUCCGCCGCCGUGCAGCUCGCGCGGCAGCUGCAGCGGCAGUGCAGCAUGUCGCCGCAGCACCAGCACGCCGGGCGGCCGCGGCGGCGGGAGGACAACGACGGGACCAGCCGGCGGAGGAGGAUGACGCGGAACCGGUCGAUGGUGGACAUGCGGAGCCAGCUGCUGCACCGCACGCUGGUGGAGGAGCUCAACCGCCGCCUCUUCUUCAACACCGUCGGCGCCGUCGAGAACAUCGGCUUCCGCGCGCCCACCACCACCUCGCCCUCCGCCUCGUCGUCGUCCGCGUCCGCGGCCGCGCGUGGUGGCCUUGACCGCGGCAUCAGGAGAUCAUCAGGCGGCAAGCAGCAGCUGGACGAUAAGCAGCAGUACUUCAUCCUUUAG